AUGGUUAGCAACCCCGCUACCGGUGGAAACACCGCCGCUGACGGUCCCCAAGGCGAUGUGGUGGAGAUCGACAGCAGUGACUAUGAGAUGUUGGACAAGUCUGGAAUGCCAAUUGACGGUUCCGACGCUGAAAACGUGUCUGAGGCUCUGGACGCCGAGCCCAGAGAUAUGGACGAGGACGUUCUGGGCCACGAUGAUGACGAGAUCGAGGAGAUCACUCCUCCUACAAGACAACAGCCUGAUCCAAGAAGAGUACCUCCACUGUCACUCUUGGCCACCGACUUUGAGAAUGUGAGCAAACGAUUGAUGAAACCCGUUCCUGAUUACCCUGUGAAAGAUGAGAGUUACGUGGUAUGGGAGAUCAAGGACUGGAAUGCCUUGAGGAAAGAAGAGAAGGUUCGGGGCCCCGAGUUUGAGUGUGGUGGCUACACCUGGAACGUUCUCUUGUUUCCCAAGGGCAGUAACGACUUGAUUUCAAUGUACAUGGAGCCACACCCACCAAAGGAUGCCGACGGCAAUGUUGAUCCAAAUUGGUAUGUUUGCGCUCAAUUUGCAUUUGACAUGUGGAACCCUAACCAUCCAGAGGUGCAUUAUCCAAGCAGCUCGAGCCACAGGUUUAACAAAAAUGAAACCGAUUGGGGUUUCUCGUCUUUUAUCUCCGUCAGAGACCUUCUGAACGCAGCCAAGUUUGGCCGUUCCCAUUCUUUGAUGGAGAAGAACCAGUUCAAUCUCACAGGUUACGUUCGUGUGAUUGAUGAUACAUCCACAGGUGUCUUGUGGCACAAUUGGAUUGACUACGACUCUAAGGCUCAAACAGGUUAUGUUGGUUUGAACAACCAGGGUGCCACCUGUUACCUUAACUCUCUUCUUCAGUCCUACUACACGACAAGAACGUUUAGAGAUUUGGUGAACCAGAUUCCUACAGACCCUCAGAGUGAAACAAAGAGUAAGGCUGUCCCAUUGGCGUUGCAAAGAAUCUUCUACCUCUUGCAACUGUCAAAUGAGCCCGUGGGUACCAUGGAAUUAACAAAAUCUUUUGGUUGGGACUCCACCGAUGCAUUCACUCAGCAUGAUAUUCAGGAACUUAACCGUGUUUUGAUGGAUAAGCUUGAGAUGGCUAUGAAGGGAACCAAGAUUGAAAACAAACUUAAUGAUCUCUUUGUGGGUAAGAUGAAGUCGUAUAUCAAGUGUGUUGACGUUCCUUACGAAUCUUCUAGAGAAGAGGACUUUUGGGACAUUCAGCUUAAUGUUAGAGGCUUCAAGAAUCUUACAGAAUCGUUCAAGAACUAUAUUGAGAUUGAAAUGCUUGAUGGCGAGAACAAAUAUCAAGCUGGUGACCAAUAUGGAUACCAGGACGCUAAAAAGGGUGUUGUUUUCCGUUCAUUCCCACCUAUUCUCCACCUUCAGCUAAAGAGAUUUGAAUAUGAUUUUAUGGUCGACGACCUUGUGAAAAUUGACGACUAUUACGAAUUCCCAGAUCGCGUUGAUCUUAGACCUUUCCUCGAUGAAGACUUGCCCGAGGAGGUUAAAAACGAAAACUGGAACUAUAAACUUCAUGGUGUAUUGGUACACCAAGGUAGCAUUUCGAAUGGCCAUUACUACGGUUUGAUCAAACCAGAAUCGCAUGACGACGAAUGGUUACGUUUUGAUGACGACAAGGUAUGGAAAGCAACUCCAAACCAGGUAUUUUAUGAGAACUACGGUGCAUCUGAGAUCUCUCCUCAGCAGCUUAGAUUACAGACUCGCAGUGAACAAAACGAGUACUUGAUAAGAAGAGCUACGUCAGCUUACAUGUUGGUGUAUUUGCGCGAGUCUGAAUUGGAGAAGUUGUUGCCACCAAACAACACCUUGGCCCCUACUCCCAAGUAUGUCGCCGAGCAAAUUGAGAAAGAGCAAGAAGAGUUCUUGAAGGCCGAGACGGCCAGAAAGGAAGCCCUCUUCUACAUGUAUGUCAAGAUCAUCACUGUCAAGAACUUUGCAUCUUAUAAUGGCUUUGAUACAUAUCCAGAUCCUACUGAGCCUCGUCUUUACGAUGAAAACAUCUUCCACAAGGAUGCGUACCCAACUACAAUCAAGGUGAAAAAGGAUGCACCAUUCUCUCAGCUUUAUGAGAAAGUGGCAGAACAAUUGGGUUAUGAGAUUCCAAACGGAACCGGACAAACUUCAGAUAAAACUGUGUCCGUUGACAGCGAAGGUGAGCUGCGGUGGCCAUUUAGACUUCUUUGCGUGAGUCACAGAAACAACAGAACCAACAGACCAGAUGCACCGGUUGCAGAGCUGCUUCAAGACGCUACCGUGAGUCAAGUCUAUACUCAAUGCUUCAAGCGCCGUUACGAAGAGAUGGUCUUCUUUGUGGAUGAACCCCAGAAGCAACUUCAAAGCAUUGACAAGGCUCAGCUGUUGAUAAGCCCAGAGCAAUUUGACUUUGAGGCUGCCACUCAAAGAAUCCUUUCGAAUAAGUCCUCUCGCUCAUGGGAUGAUGACACAUCGAAUUCAAUCAGAAUCUUCGUCAAAUACUUUGAUCCUGUCAGUGACGAGGUUCGUGGUCUCACUUACGCUAGAGUUCCGUUAGAUGCUCAGGUUUCGCUGUUGACUCCUAUCAUCAACAAUGUGCUUCAAUUUGAUGCCAGCACUCCUUUGACAUAUUUUGAAGAAGUUACACAUACCAGUAUUGAGCCUAUUGAUGAGAAUUUGACGUUCGAGAAGAACGAGUUGGGAACUGGCGAUAUUUUAACAGUCCAGCUUGCUGAUAUUGAGAGUGCUACAUUCGACAGGCUUUUUGUGAAUGCUAAGGAAUACUAUGAGUUCCUCCUUACGAGACUUCAUAUCCAUGUGAAGCCUUUCAAGGCGAACGAAGAGGAAGAGGACAGUGAUUUCGUGGCUGAUGAAGAAAAGAACGGUGACAACAGAAACGGCGAUCAAACAAAGGCUUCUCAAGCUGAGGUUGCUGAGAUCGAGCUAGCUAAGGAAAUGAGCAAGUCUACAGACAUGUGGAUUCUGACUCAGUUUUCUUAUGCCCAAUUGGCUGACGCCGUUGCUAAAAAGCUUGGAGACAAUGUUGACCCUGCUAAGUUACGUUUGUUUGUGGUGAACAACCAUGGAACCAGAUUCCCAUUACUGUCGUUCCAAUCCCUUUCGCAAGUGUUUACUAAGCAGGUUUCUGUAUCCUCUGUUACAAACUUCGAGUAUGAGAUUCUUAACAUCACAUUGAAGGAAUACGAAAAUCUUCAGUCGGUGAAGAUCUACUGGAUGAACAGUAUCCAACAAUUCCAUUUAUUUGACUUGUUGGUGCCUAAGACAAGCACCGUUGCCGAUUUGGUGAGAAAAUUAAUUCACAAGCUUGAUAUCCCACCUAAGCUUUGGAGCAAUUUGCUUGUAUGGGCUGGCCAGGAAAGUAAAUACAGCGACUUGGUGAAGUUUGACCGUCAAAUCAGCGAUCUUCCAGAUGCAUCUGAGGUUUACUGCGGCUACUUCCCAGCAGAGGUUGAGAUUCUCGUCAGCAAUGACUUGUUCAAGCGUUUUGACGAAAAGCACGUAUCCAAGGAGGAUAUCGAAGACGAACUUCUCAGACUGGAGUUUGAAAAAGCUCAGAAGACUUCACAAAAGUUGAACCUUGUUCCAGUGUUCCAUUUCCAUAAAAACCCUGCUUACAGCCACAGUAAGCCAUUCAUCUUUGCCGUCUUCCCUGGCGAACCAUUCGAGGAGACAAAGAUCAGGUUACGCAAGAAGCUUGGACUUGGCGGACAGGCAUUCGACAAGGUCCGCAUUGCGCUCACAGACGCCAAUGACAAGGGCCGGUACCUUGAUAGCGACAAUCCUAACUUGGAGCUUUUUGAGGAGAUCAAGAAGUUUGAUGCCGACACGUUCCUUGCGCUUGACCAUCCUGACAGGAACCCACGUCGUCCAAAUCCUUUCGAGAAGGGUAUCUCCAUCCGAUAA